CGCUGCUAACAGCCGUUUAGCACCGCAGAGUCCCCGACGCGGCGGCCGACGUGGGAGACUGGGUCUGGAGUUGCAGGGAUUAUUUUCAUGGAAAGGUAAUACCCACGGACACGGACGGUCUUCGCAUCGCAGCUUCAGACCGGGAAUCUCCACACCUUCGGCGCGGACACUUCAGGAGACACAGUUGCGCACAACUUUUACGCACAGCCGAGGGUUGUGUGCCACUUUGAACACGAGCCGCUUACUCUCACGGGAGUGAUUAUGCGAAGUGUGCGAGUUCACAGAGGUGGAUGAGACGAGCCGCUAACACGCGCCGCUGAAACUGGAGCAAACCUGACGGAGCAAACCUGGGAAGUUGCCUGGAACAGCGAGCCGCGCGCCGGGUGCCAAAAUGAGCGUUUACUGCCAGAGCUGGGGGAUCUUACCAAUAGUCUUUGCAACCAUCUCAGCCGCUCUCACACAAGGUCUGAGCAGUAAAGAGCUGAUCGAGAGGAAGAGCCCAGCGCCAUUCCCCGUUUUCUUGCCGGUCAGCUACGACGUGCGAGAUGCUGACUACUUUUUCCUCAAAGAGGCUGGACAGGACUUCAUGAGGAACUCCAGUAUGCGAAGUCACACGCAACCCUUUGUUAUCUUAAGAGCCAGCCGCCAGCCAGCUGUCAACGCCAGUUAUGGCACGAUGUCCACAGAGCAGCUCGUGCCUCUAGGUCUGGUCCAGUCUGUGCAGCUCUUCAACGCUUCGGAGGUCUUCACGUUUAACUGGAAAAUCCACACCUUUGUGCUCACACCGCGGGUUUUCUCCUCCAAGCCUAAAGUGCGGGUGCUUUUCUAUGUUGCAGGGAGGGACUGGGGCAGGGGGGAAGGAGCUGCGGAUGAGCUACCGUGUGUGACAGUGUACGGUUUCUGGCAGACCCAGGAGGUCAGGGCCUCCUGUGCCAUGGGAGGUGAAAGGGGAACCUGUAUCGCUGAGGUGGCUCCCGCGCCCAGCUGGUUUGCCGCAGGGUCAGAGGGCACCAGCAGGGAGAGGCAGGACCCAUCGGCCGGAAACCCUGUGGAGCUCUACUAUCAGGCUCAGCCUAAAGUUAAGGGGAAAUGUACAUCCUUGGAUGGAAACCGCUGGAGUAGCUCAGAGCAGCAGGCAGAGUAUGUUCCUGUCACAUCCAUGCAGAAGAUUGGCAGCGUGCGUCUUCUGCAGGUGCCUAAAGGGAUGGCAACCCUUUCUCGACUCAAACUUGGCAACGCUAUUGUCAUACGGACUUCCUCCAAACCGCUGAAGAUGACCGACAUCGCCACGUUCUACAUACUCAUGGCCACUUCGGCUCAGCUGACCAACUUCACGCUCAGAGCCACCGUUAAGAGAGGGGUGACCUUUCAAACCGCGACGCCCAGUAACUCUGUACUGUGGGACAUCACUCUGGAUACGGGCGCAGAUGGAACCAUCUCUGUUAUUUGUCAGAGAAAAGCUCCCAUACCUGGAAAAAGGCUUGACGGCAGUCUACUGGAGGUGCUCCAGAUGGAUUUUGAGGUUGAAGAGUUAAGCAUUCCCCUCGACAGCCAGGUGAUCGUAUGGAAACUCGAGUUCCCUUCCGCAUCCAAUAAUGUAACCAAGGCCGAAGGAGCCAUGAGGAUCUACACCACUCAGAGAGACUUUGUUGGCCUGGCACCUCUUGUAACGGACACAGAGAUUCUGAACACCGCUGUCCUGACUGGAAAGAAGGUGGCGAUGCCUGUGAGGAUAGUCGCUGUGGAGGAGGGCGGUGUAGUCACGGAUGUAUCAGACUACACAGACUGCAGCUCCACUGAUGAAGAUGUUCUCAAGGUGUCAGACAGGUGCGACUACGUUUUCGUGAAUGGCAAAGAGACAAAGGGCAAAGUAAAGAUGGCGGUGAACUUCAACUACAGCUACCUGAGUGCUCAGCUGGAAUUGAGUGUGUGGAUGCCCCAACUGCCCCUACUCAUUGAAGUGUCAGACACAGAAUUGAGCCAGAUCAAAAGCUGGAGGAUACCCAUACUAACCUCUAAAAGAGCUGGUUGGAACAGCGAGGAAGACGACAGGAAAGGGAAGGGCUGCAUGCUGCAGUAUCAGCACGCGCUGGUCCGAGUGCUCACUCACUUUGUGGCUGAGCAGACGGACCCCCGGGACCCUAAGGCCUAUUUCCUGGGCUCUGAUUGGCAGGUGGAUGUUACAAGGUUGGUUCGAUACUUCAUGAAGGUGGAGGACCCUCGAGUGGCAAGGCUGCAGGCAGGGAGAGUGCUGUCAGGACGGGACCUUGGGACCACCACCAUCCAGGUGUUUUCUCCACUGUCUGAUGCCAUUUUGGCCAAGACAACCAUCAAAGUCGUGGAUGACAAAGUGACCAUCACGGAGUUAGGGGUCCAGCUGGUUACAGGCCUCUCCAUGACGCUACAGCUCAGUCCUGCAAGCGGCAGGGCCAUCUUGGCUACCACGACCACACAAGAGGUUCUACAGAGCCCCAAGCAGGAAGCUUUGGUCAGUGCCUGGGUACAGUUCAGUGACGGCAGCCAGACGCCUCUAGAUACGUAUGAUCCUGCUUCUUACAGAGUGACGGUGACAUCUCUAGACCAGGGGGUGGUGUCGGUGCAGGGUCCACCUCCGGUGGUGGUGGCAGAGGGCGAGGGGGAGGGCGUUCUGGUGAGACUAGAGAUGUCCAUUUGUGAAGUUUGCCAGAAAUCCAAACGCAAAAGCACCGUGGCUGUGGGCAACGGCACCCUCAAGAUCAAAUUUCAGGUGAAUAGUGGGCGGCCGGGCUUUGACGGUAGCUCUGUUAGCAGAAAGGACAAUGCUGCCUCAGGAAAAGAGAAAACCAUGCAAAAGAUCACAACUACCAUCAAAUCUAUUGAGCGGACGUUCAUAACCAGUGGCAGCCUUGGAGGAGUGGGCAGGACCAGCAGUUCAGGAAACCCCGGCAGUCCCGCCACCGUAGUCAACGUCAGCAUACUGAGCCGGGACAACAGCAAAGUAUAUGGUUCAGACAACAUGAUAGUGGAAGACAUGAGCAGCGUUAGCUUCACAAGCACUGUAAAGGCACCUGGGAAUCUGGUGAACUACAACUUCCCCACCAAGGUGCAGGAACCCGGGCAGGAAACAACAGAGGUCGAAAUUGGCGGUGAAGAAAUGUUAGCCAACAGGCCUCUCACAGACCUGGAGAUUGGCAUGUAUGCUCUCUUGGGUGUCUUUUGCCUGGCAAUCCUGGUGUUUCUGGUAAACUGUAUAUCUCAUGUUGUCAAGUUCAGUCAUAAGAAGCCUCCCACUCACGGCCACGAGCCCACAGGUCACAGACACGACUGGGUAUGGCUUGGCACGGAUGCCGAGCUGGUGAUGAGCGUGCCAGGCAGCCCCGUGCAGCAGGACACCCACACUACGACCACCGUGAUAGACAUAGGGCCCGAUAGGAUCACCACUUUGCCCAGGAGGCCAAGUUGCUUGGCCUCGGUCACAGACUCUCCGAUCGGUUGUGUGGGCUCCCACAGGAGCAAACCUAUGCACAGCGAGUCCCUCCACUCGCCCACCAGCAAGAGGAAGAGAGUACAGUUCACCACCUUCUCCACACUGGAACGCCAGCAUUCGCCGCACUCCCUGCCCAGGGAGAACGGCCAUGGAAUCCACUGGGUCGGGAAAGAAGACAGCUUUGAGGAGGAUCCCCAAGUGCCCGUCACACAACCUGGGGACCAGUUAUAAUACAUGUACAGAAAAUGUGGCUUUGAUCACCUCAAUGCCUUUGUCAUUUCCAGCAACUGUGAAGAACUUGUGAUCUUGGAAUAUGUCCUCGUCUACAUUUCAUUACCCGUCAAGGCCUUUUACAUGUACAUGUACUGUAUAUUAUUGUUAAUACUGGAGAGUGGAUGUGUGGGGUAAUAAUUCUGACGCUACACAUCAUUUACACAAUGUUAAAAGCCACCAAAUUUUUAAGACUGCAUGUGGAUAUCCUGAAUUACCGACACAAUAAACGGAUUAACAAA